AUGGCACUUCCUUCCCUAGAACCCGCGGUGGUUUGUGCCGAGAACAUUGCACUCUUGCAUGCUCUCCAUACAGUUCCCCUGCAGCCGGCAAAGAAUAACGUGGACGACGAGCUCAGAUUCAAGUGGAAGGAUGGAUACAUCCUCUCGUUUGAGCAAGAACGCAAAUUGACGAGCGCUCUCUCCUUUCUCUGCAGCAUCUCGGACAAUCCGGACCAUGUCGCGGCUGUUUGCAUCGAGGAGGACCACACAAGUCCAUCCCUCCGUGUUUUGGUUGCCAUAAACAAGCGGGGACAGGACGAUGGGAGGCCAGUCCUCCAGAGGCUUAAAACUGGCUUGGAAGGCGUCCUGGAGCCACUGUCCAGGUUUGGACGACCUCCGAGCGAAGUAGGCGACUCCUUAAAUAGCGUGGAGGGAGAUGUGUUCACGGCGAUCGUAUCGACGUGCCAGAAACGCAUUCUCUGUCGCCUUCGUCUGGUCCCAAAUACUAGGAACAAGCCAAAACAAGCCUUCAAAAGCACACUUCAACAGGCUGUCAACUCUCUAAAGCGACGUUGCGUGCAUGAGGGAGGCUCGGUCAACUUGACAGCGGCACAAACCUCUCUAAUCAUCGAAGCUGCAAGGGCGGUGAUGAAACUGCUCGAUGCAUGGCAUCAGUACCAGGUACCUGCUCGGCUCGAACAAUUGGUCUUCGGGGUGCACCAGCUACAUGGCACGCUUGGCCUUUACAAUACGAUCAACAAAAUCCCAAAUUCGGACAUGGAACCGACCGCUCGAAGCAAUCUUCUAAAUAUUACUCAAAAAGUGGCGCGGUACUACAAAGUGGCAAAGUUUCUGUACCGCAUGGCUAAGACGGUACCGGUCAUACGGCAAACCAGUGUUACAACUGUCAAUCUUCCACCCACGGCAUUCCACCGAGCUCUUCCUGGAAAGGACUACGUCCCGGACAUGUCGUCCAAAAUUGAGCAGGUGUACAGCCCUGCUAAGCUCACGCGUCAGGAGGUCAACCGCAUUUUCCGCUGUCUCCAAACAGAUCGUGAUGCACCAACGGGUCGUUUCCAAAGUUUAGCCAGGAAAACACUACAGGACGCAAAGAUACACGCCGAGAUUCAGCUGCUUUUUUACAUUGAGCAGAAACAGACGUCUCCAUCCGAGAUACAUCCGUAUUUUCCGCCUAGAGUGGUCCGCUCAAACAAAGACGCCUGCUUCCUGUGCAAUUCUUUCAUAAAAAUGCACGGGAAAAUAUACACAUCGCGACAUCACGGAAAAUUGUACCCAGGAUGGCGUCUUCCUGCAACUGUGAACGUCGAAGUUCAAAAGCGAUUCAAUACAGUGUUGGCAGACCAGAUCAAAAGCAGCCUAGUUACACUUCAGAAGCGACAAAGAAAGACGGAAUAUCCAGGGCCAAACGAGAGCACACUUACCACGCUACCUUCGCUGACGUCGAUAGUGACGGUAGCCGUGCGACAUCAUGACGAGACCGAGACGCCAAAAUCGGUGGAUAUGGCCCAUGAAGUAGGAAAGCCACUGGUGGCAGAAGUCGCAGUCGAAGGUAUUGUGUCGGACACCACCUCAAAGGCAAGCUCGCACACCCUGCCACACCAGAGCAGCGUUGUCGAUCAGGAUGCAGAACCUCCUGCCAGUGCAAAAGACACAGCGGCCGAUAUCGAAUCCCCUCCUGUUCGGCCCACCCUGUCGAUUCAGGAUUCUACACUCACCGACGGAGCGAAUGGUCCUCAAUCUGAUAUUCCCGGUGAAAAUAUUCUGCACGCCGUCCUUGAAGGCACGCUCUCGCCCGAUAGUGUCGAAGGAGGCACCAUGUCACAACUACACGUUAUUCUGCCUUUUGAAAUUCGGUUUGAGUAUGACGGCUUAAGUGUGCCUUGCGGCGGCACGGAGCCCAAGAAAUUACGCUACAGAUUAGAAAAACUCACAGAAAAAGAGGCAAAACUACUUCUAAGUAACCAGUCCUCUGCCAUUUUCGACAUGGAGAAGAUCCGUGCCGGCGACGAAGUAUCAUUUCCAGUCGGUAGUCUGGAUUGUUUUCAUGUUGCGGCUCGGAAUUCCACUUUAAAGGUUUCUUUCACAUUUCUUUGA